GAUGGCUCAGCGCGUAAGGGAGCAAAAUGCAGAGAGGGAAUCGAGGCACCUUGGGGGGGGCGGCUGAGACUUUGGGGGCUGGCGCCAGCUGACUUGAGUGGCUGUCUGCCUUUACAACCGCGAGAUCGUUGACUUCGAUCCUGCCCACCGGCAAGCCCGCUUGCGCCCGGCUCUCGGCCGCGGGAGCGAUGGUGCGGACCACCCUGCUCGCUCUCCCCGUCUGAGCUCAGGCUGAGCCGCGUGGUGCUGAAAUGGACAGCUCCUCGUUCGCCUGGCCCCUGAACGUCUCCGGCCGCCAGGAGGAGGCAGCCGGAGGAGAUCCGCUCUGGGGCCGGUUCUCUACCCCGUGGACCGUCGUCUUGGCCAGCCUCAUGGCUAUACUAAUAGUAGCCACCGUCGCCGGCAAUGCCCUAGUGAUGCUGGCAUUCGUGGUGGACUCCAGCCUGCGGACACAGAACAAUUAUUUCCUUUUGAACCUGGCCAUCUCCGAUUUCCUAGUAGGUGCCUUUUGUAUUCCGUUGUACGUACCCUAUGUACUAACUGGAAGAUGGACCUUUGGAAGAAGCUUUUGCAAGCUGUGGUUGGUGGUUGAUUAUCUGCUGUGCACCACUUCGGUUUUCAACAUCGUGCUGAUUAGCUAUGACAGAUUCCUCUCCGUAACGAGAGCGGUCUCAUACAGAGCUCAGCAAGGGGAUACUAAAAAAGCAGUGUUCAAGAUGAUAAUGGUUUGGAUCUUGGCCUUUCUCCUCUACGGACCUGCAAUUAUCAGCUGGGAAUACAUAUCCGGUGGGAGCAUCAUACCCGACGGGGAAUGUUACGCUGAAUUUUUCUACAACUGGUACUUUCUCAUCACAGCCUCCACCAUUGAGUUCUUCACCCCUUUCAUUAGUGUGACCUUUUUCAACUUGAGCAUUUACCUGAACAUCCAGAAACGCACCAAAGUUCGCUUGGAUGUGCUUAAUGAGACUCACAGCCAGAGCUUCAUGGAAGAGACUGAGAUGAAUCCAGAACCCAAGAUCUCUGUUAAAUGCUGCAAGUGGGAGCAGACAGAGCCUUCAGAAAACCUGGAUGAUCCAAAAUGGGAUGUCCAAGAAGAAAACACUAAAGAUAAUGCAAAUAUGAAAUAUUCCCAGGACUCUAAUAUGGGGAAUAGUUUGUCUCCCAACAACAAAUUGAAACCUUCCAGCAAAAAGUGCUAUAAAGACUCGGCAUCUACUCCCUCUUUAGAGAAACGGGUGAAAACAGCCUCCCAGAACAUGUCCCAGCGUUUCCGGCUUUCUAGGGACAAGAAAGUAGCCAAAUCUCUGGCAGUUAUUGUAGGUAUUUUUGGCCUCUGCUGGGCACCGUACACCCUACUCAUGAUUAUCCGAGCUGCUUGCCAUGGCCACUGCAUCCCUGAAUAUUGGUAUGAGACCUCCUUCUGGCUUCUGUGGGUCAAUUCUGCCAUCAACCCUAUCCUUUACCCACUCUGCCACUACAGCUUCAGAAGAGCUUUUGUGAAACUACUGUUUCCCAAGAAAUUAAAGAUUCAGCCUCACAAUUCUCUCCAGAAAUGUUGGAAGUAAGCUCAUUUCAUCCGUUUCAGAGUAGAGAACACAGUCUCUCUAGCCUUGUUUUGCCCAUUUGUUUAUUUUGAAAGGGGUGAAAGUAGAGCUGUCAAGAGUUGGGAAUGUGGAAGCAGGAUGAAGAACCACAUUCAGCUGGA